UUAAUUCUGUUCUGUGGUUCUAAUCUAACCCUACUCGGGCUACUACUAUUAUUUUCUGUUGAAAGAAUAAAUUUUAUUUAUUCUAUCCCGGUCGUUUCUUUUUCAAAAUCUCUAUAGGUAUCGUCAAAAUGAAGGAUUUGUUGGGAAAUUCAAUUGAAGUCAAUAGUAACAAUGAUGAAUCAGAUCAAAGCAUGGAAGACACAGGAGAGUGUUAUAAUGAAUUUGUACCUGGUGUUCAUAUAUGUGAAAAAGUUUUGAAUAAAGAAGAGUAUAUAACAAAUAUAUCAGCUACCAAUUCUUCUAAUCCAAAAGUAGCUGUAUCUUCUUCUGAUGGAAAUUUUCAUGUUCUCAAUUUAUCUGAAAAUUUUUGUGAUGUCUAUGAAUUGAAUAAUAAUUCAGAUCAUAUUGUGGAAUUAAAGUUUGAUAAGCUAAAUGACAAUUUGUUGUGGGUUGCCUCUCAUAAUGGACUCAUAAACCUAUGGGACCUGAGAUCUAAUAAGGCAGUUUCAACUUUUAGUGAUACAUUAGAUGAUAAAGAGGACAAGGAUAAAAAAUUCAAUAGUUUUGAUAUAUCUUCAUCUGGGAAUGUUCUUUGUGCAGGAACUAAUAAAUUUGAGGAAGAUUCAUUUCUCUUAUUUUGGGAUAUUAGGAAGAGUGAAUUAGCUGGUGGAUUUUGGGAAUCUCAUAUGGAUGAUAUAACUCAAGUUAAAUUUCACCCAAGUGAUUCUAAUAAAAUGUUUUCUGCAUCCAUGGACGGACUGAUCAAUGUCUAUGACUUGAGUCGUUCUUCGGAAGAGGAUGCAUUAGUUGAUACAUUAAACACAGAAUCAUCUAUUGAAAAAAUAAGUGUUGCACAACAAGGCACUGGAGAUGUUAUAAGUUGCAUAACUCAUACGUCAGACAUUCAGUUCUGGAAAAAUGAAGAUGUUAAACCUUACCUAUUUUUCAAUAGGAUUGAAUUAGCAUCAGUCUUCAAGAAAAAAUCUGGUGUAUAUAUUGUGGAUAUUCUACCAACAAGAGAAAGCAUUUUACUAUUGCUUGGAUAUAAUCGUAUAAUCAAGGGAUUCAAACUAGGAAAAUCCUCAUUGGAACCAUAUUUUGGGCUUGUUAAGAAUGAGCAAAGAUUGAAAUGUAGUUGGAUAAAUGAAAAUACCAAUCUAUUGUUGACUGGAGGUGAAAACGGACAAAUAGAUGCCUGGAAAUAUGCUUAAAGAAAAAUGGUUAUGAACUGAAUAAAGCAAUUGUCAGGAUGUGGAAACGAUAAUCUGCAUACUUAUUGUAAAUAUCAAAAUUAUGCGGAAUAUCGAUUAUUGUGUAAAUAAAUUGUGAUUAUUUUUUAAUAAAUUAUUGAUCUUU